AUUAAAACAUGAUUUUUACAAGUGGUGCUAACAAAUUAAAUGAUAAUCGAAAUGUGCGGACGAAAAUCUCCUCGAAUCGGCAAAGUAUAAAGACAGCUCCCACGAAAGCAGCGGAAAUUCCAGAAUACCUUCAAUUGUAUCAGACGCCACCAGGAGAUGAUAUUUCGCUCACAGAGUUCGACGAUAUCGCCAUGGAACGGCUGAAAUUGCUGAAAAGCUUUGAAAAUCUCAAGGAUAGUGUUUCGUUGUAUAACGAUGAGUUCAAGGAUAAAUUUCGGAAAUUAUGCGAUGGAACUAAGCUCAUUGUUUUCCCCGACCAAAAGCCACCGCACCAGGAGGAGGUCUACGAGCUCUGGCGUCGUGACAACAUCGGACACUUCAUCCUACGGCUCGCCUUCUGUAGAACUCCAGAAAAUCAAAAAUGGCUGACACAAAUCGAAGGCGAUUUUCUGCGUUUUCGGCUCCGUCAGGAACGGGAACAAGUGCUGGAUUCGGCACUUGCCAACGUGAAUUUCACUAUCGAAAAGCUCGGUUACACAGAGAAACAGGCAAUGAUUGAGGAUUUGGAGGCCGCAUGCCAGUUUAAUCUCUUCGAAGCGCCGAAUAAAACCUUUUAUAAAGUGGAUUUUAUCGAUGCAAUCGAGCUGAUUCGCCGUGGAUCUGUUCAUUUGAAGAAGGGAUUCGCAUAUUUCCCAUUUGAUGAUUUGGUCACGAUUUUGGUCACGAAAAUGAAGAAUAAUAUGAUGGCCGCGAUGGCGCGAUCGUUCAAACAUUUGGCAAUUCUGGAAGAGGAAGGCCGUCUUCUGCCACGUUUAUCACUUCUCUCGAAUAACGCAUACAGUGGAAAAGACUACAACGGCGAGCAGCCGGACGGAUCAAUAAUUGUCACACGUCACAUGAUUGAUAAGCUCUCGCGACGAUCUUUUGCUCCAUGCAUGAAACAAAUGCACAAUCAUCUUCGUGUUAAUCAUCACUUGAAGUACGGAGCACGUCGCCAGUACGGGCUCUUCCUUAAAGGCAUCGGACUCUCGCUGGACGAGGCGAUCGCAAUGAUGCGCGACGAGUUCACGAAAAAGAUCACGUCGGACAAGUUUGACAAAGAAUACGGCUACAAUAUUCGCUACAUGUACGGAAAAGAGGGCCGCCGAGUCGCACAGACGGCCAUGAGCUGCGCCACAAUUAUUCUCCGUAACCCACCGUCGGCUGUCGAUUGUCACGGAUGCCCGUUCCGUCAUUCGGAGAAGCAGGUUCUCAAGCAGAAGCUCGGCAGUGAUGCCAUAUUGAAAAAGGAGCAAAUCGAGAGGAUCGCCGAACUCGCCGAGCUCAACCAAUACGACAAGGCAUGCACCCGCUACUUUGAGUUUAUGCACAAUUUGGAAGAGGGCGGCCUCGGCCAGCUCAUCACGCAUCCCAAUCAGUUUUACGAGGAAUCUCAGAAGAUCGUCGCCGAACGAAUCGCCGCCAAGCAAGAAUCCCAAGAAGCACCAGCACCGAAAAUCGAAAAAAUGGACACUGAAUAAUUUUAUUUUUCUUUUGUUAUUUUUUUGAUCUACUCACUUUUUUCCCUGAAAACUCUGAAAAAAAAAAUGAAAUUCGAAACAUUUUA